AUGUGUCGAGCUUCCAAAAAGCCCGCUUCGGCCCCCUACGGCACCAAGGUCGCCAAGAAGGCUGCCCAGAACCCUCUCUUCGAGAAGCGUUCGCGCACCUUCGGCAUCGGCGGUGACCUUCCCCCCCAGCGCGACCUCACCCGCUUCGUCAAGUGGCCCGAGUACGUCCGCCUCCAGCGCCAGCGCGUUAUCCUCAACCAGCGCCUCAAGGUGCCCCCCGCCAUCGCCCAGUUCUCGAACACCCUCGACAAGAACACGGCGACCCAGGUCUUCCAGCUCCUGAACAAGUACAAGCCCGAGUCGACCCAGGAGAAGAAGGCUCGUCUCCAGGCCGAGGCUGAGGCCAAGACCAAGGGCGAGAAGACCGAGACCAAGAAGCCCGUCGUCGUCAAGUACGGCCUUAACCACGUUGUUGCCCUUGUCGAGGCCAAGAAGGCCAAGCUCGUUCUCAUCGCCGACGACGUCGACCCCAUUGAGCUCGUUGUUUUCCUUCCCGCGCUCUGUCGCAAGAUGGGCGUCCCCUACGCCGUGGUCAAGGGCAAGGCCCGCCUUGGUCUCACCGUCAACAAGAAGACCUCGGCCGUCGCCGCCCUCACCGAGGUCCGCUCGGAGGACGAGAAGACCCUCGCCAACGUCCUCUCGGCCGUCAACUCGUUCAACGAGACCAACAAGGAGGCCUCGCGCCACUGGGGCGGUGGCUUCCGUGGCCCCAAGUCCAAGGCCAAGCUCAUCAAGCGCGCCCGCCGCGCCGGCCAGGACCUCAAGACCGUCCACCUCGAGCUCUAA